UGUUGUGCUUGAUGUGCUCUGUCGGAGAGCCAAUUAAUUUAACAUCUACUACAGCGCGCACGUGUUUUAUACUAUCGUAGCACAUAAGAUCUUAGCAAAGUCGAACGACCUCAUCUUCGGCUUCGACGUCUUGUCCGGUUUUGUUCCCUCUUCUACGGUGACGAGACUUUUUUCUCAGAAGCAAACAGUCGAUCGAUAGCUCUUGCAGUAGCUGCCACGAUUUCCUCUCAUAGAGCCGGUAGAAAAUUCAAACGUGUUUAAUUCUUCGUAAAAAUCAUAUGUUAGUUUUUCAUCAUAUUUGACCACUCAAUCCGUUUACUUGUCAAGAUCUUCUGAUAGAUGAUGAUACUAAAAAAGAUAGCUGUUAUUUUGAUAGUCCUCAUUUGGGCCCGUGUUUCUUUGGCGGAUUAUCGUCAUCGCUCAAAACGUUCAAACAAUGAAUAUAUAUUACACAGAUGUACAGCCACUGCGGAAUUAAUUAGGAAACAUAGGAACGGCGAAGGUAUCAGUUCGCGUAAAACCGAGGAUAAUUCCUCUCGGUUGCAGACACAACAGAGAGAUCCUGAGAUUUUUGCAGUGACGACUCUAAUCGAUGCUUCUCGAUCUGAAACUUCGAGCGGUAUUUAUCGACGUAUGACUCAUAUGAGGAGGCGCGGUAAUGGACACGCACGUCGAAUCACGGGCAAACAGUUGGCAGAUACACCCCUCAGAACUCUCAAUAUAGAUACGUCUCAAGAAAGACCAUCAGCCUUUAAAAGAAAGAAUCUGUUACCAGAACUUCCGCGCGAUAUAUCGAGCGGAAAAAUUGAUUCGUCGCCGCGUGUAGUAAUCAUCAAACCUACAACUUAACAAUUCCAAUAACAUUUGACUUACGCAAAGUUUGAAUUUAUCACAAAAAUUCAUGUAAACUCAUUACAAUUAUUUGUAAUAAUUUC